AUGGAUUCCCACAGCACAAGAGCAAUGGGAGACGUAUUUGUUCCACAACCGCAGUUCUCACACUUCAACUCCUCAGUCCGUAAAACUUUCACUCCUACAAGCCAGCGAGCGACUUUGCAUUACCUUCCGCGAGCGAGGAAACACACUGAGCCCAAGUGGCGGCAUUACGAAGCAACUUUGACGUCCGCGUGUCGCCGAGAGAUGGAUGCUGUCGACGAAGAAAUGAUUACGUGGCUCUGCUAUGCGCUUGAACUCGACAAACUUCAUAUACUGCCCGAUCUAGGACUAAGCGCUGAGAUCGUGGAUAGAAUGUGA